UUUGCGCCGGCCCGGGCUGCUCGCCACGACUCGCCGCAGCCUCCGCAGCCCGCCGGCCGGACAACGCGGUCUCGCCGGCUGCCGCUCCGUCCCCACCGACCCUCGCCCUGGCGCUGGCAAUGAAGAGAGUGUGCACGUUGUCCCUCUGGCUCUGGAUCGCGGUCGCCUCCGAGGCAGAUUUGGUAAGAGGCUAUUCUAUGACCCCACCCACUCUGAGCAUCACAGAAGAGGAAUACGUGAUCAACACUAAAGAUACUCUGAAUAUUACUUGCAGAGGACAGCAUCCCCUGGAGUGGUCGUGGCCUGGAGGCCAAGAGGACACUGUCCAGAUUGGAAAGGACAGCGAAUCAGUGGUGUUGGUGAGUCUCGACGGUGUCCGAACAGUCAAGGAAGAGGAUUGUGAGGGCACUGACAUAAAGCCCUACUGCAAGGUCUUGACACUGACAGGGACUCAGGCUAACGACACAGGCUACUACCGCUGUUACUACAAGUACAUCAAUGCCAAAAUCGAGGGCACCACUGCAGUCAGCACCUAUGUGUUUGUGAGAGAUUUUGAACAGCCAUUCAUCAACAAGCCAGAAACUCUUCUUAUCUAUAAGAAGGAGAAUAUCUGCAUUCCGUGCCUGGUAUCCAUUCCAGACCUUAACAUCACUUUGCUUUCGACAACCUCUAUCAUCUACCCAGAUGGAAAGAAUAUUCUCUGGGACAAUAAAAGAGGAAUGUUGGUUCCCACCUUACUGAUCAAGGAUUCCCUAUAUGUUCAGUGUGAAACUUACAUUGAUAAGAAAUCCUUCAAAUCCAGCUUCUUCCUUGUCCACAUUGCAGGAAAUGAACUUUAUGACAUUCAGUUGUUUCCAAGGAAAGCAAUGGAACUGCUGGUUGGAGAAAAGCUAGUUCUCAACUGCACAGUCUGGGCUGAGUUUAAUUCCGGAGUAGAUUUCCAUUGGGACUACCCUGCAAAACAGAUGAACCGGGAAGUCACAGAACUGCCAGAGAGACGCUCCCAGCAGACACAUACUGAGCUCUCCAGCAUCCUGAUCAUCCAAAAUGUGAGCCAGCAGGAUGUGGGGAAAUAUACGUGCAUGGCUAGCAAUGGGGAGCAGAUCUUCAAGGAGAGCAUAGAUGUCAUCGUACAUGAGAAGCCUUUCAUCAAUGUGGAGUGGAAGAAGGGCCCAGUAAUAGAAGCAACAGCAGGAGAUGAAGUUGUGAAGCUGCCAGUGAAAGUGGUUGCAUACCCCCAGCCUGAGUUUCAGUGGUUUAAAGAUGGAAAGUUAAUUUCCAGCAGACAAUCUCAAUAUUCCAUGCAGAUCAAGGAUGUGGCAGAGCAGAACUCUGGCACUUACACAUUAGUUCUUAGGAAUGAGAUGGCUGGCCUAGAGAAGCACAUUAGUCUCCAGCUGGUGGUCAACGUUCCUCCACAAAUUCAUGAGAAAGAAGCAUCUUCACCAAACAUCUAUUCCCGUAAAAGUCGGCAAGCACUCACCUGCACUGUCUACGGUAUCCCAGCACCAGAAAAAAUCCAGUGGCAAUGGAGGCCUUGGACACCCUGCCGGAUGUUCUCUCAGCGCAGUCUUAGCAGACGGAGGGCUGCACAACGCCAUCAGCGGGACCGGAUGCCUGAAUGUAAGGAUUGGAAGGAUGUUUCACAGCAAGAUGCUGUGAACCCCAUUGAGAGUAUUGACACCUGGACAGAGUUUGUGGAAGGAAGGAACAAGACGGUCAGCAAACUGAUCAUCCAAGAAGCCAGUGUUUCUGUCAUGUACAAGUGUGUAGCUUCCAACAAAGUUGGUCGUGAUGAACGCCUGAUCUAUUUCUAUGUGACCACCAUUCCAAAUGGAUUUGAAAUUGAGUCACAGCCUUCAGAAGAACCCAUUGAGGGACAAGACCUGAGGCUAAGCUGCAAUGCUGACAAUUAUACCUAUGAGAACCUGCAGUGGUACCGGCUCAACCUCUCAAAGCUGCAUGAUGAAGAGGGCAACCCCCUGGUCCUGGACUGCAAGAAUGUCCACCACUAUGCAACCAAAAUGCAAGGCGAUCUUCACUUCAAGCCUCAUUCCAACUAUGCUGCCUUGACACUUACAAUCCCUAAUAUCUCAUUAGAGGAUGAGGGAGACUAUGUGUGUGAAGUGCAGAACAGGGAGAACAGUGAGAAACACUGCCACAAAAAGUAUAUUUCUGUGCACGCUCUGGAAGUCCCAAAGUUGAAGCAGAACCUGACAGACAUCUUGGUGAAUGUGAGUGAUUCCAUAGAGAUGCGCUGCAGAGUUGAUGGCACACACAUUCCAAACAUCAACUGGUAUAAGGAUGAGAAGCUUGUAGAAGAGGUAUCAGGGAUUGACCUGGCAGAUUCCAAUCAGAGGCUGAGUAUCCAGAGAGUGAGAGAAGAGGACGCCGGCCUCUACUUGUGUAGUGUCUGCAAUGCCAAGGGUUGUGUGAAUUCCUCUGCCAGCGUCUCUGUAGAAGGUUCAGAUGACAGGACCAAUGUGGAGAUUGUUAUCUUAAUUGGGACUGGUGUCAUUGCCAUUUUCUUCUGGAUUCUCCUAAUCCUGAUCUUCUGCAAUAUUAAGAGACCUGCUCAUGCUGAUAUCAAGACUGGAUACCUUUCCAUCAUUAUGGAUCCAGGUGAAGUUCCCUUGGAGGAACAAUGUGAAUACCUACCUUAUGAUUCCAGCAAAUGGGAGUUCCCUCGAGAACGACUCCGGCUAGGUAAAGUUCUAGGCCAUGGAGCUUUUGGGAAAGUGAUGGAAGCCUCUGCAUUUGGAAUUAAUAAGAGUAACAGCUGUGAGACUGUGGCAGUUAAAAUGCUCAAAGAGGGAGCUACUGCAAGUGAGCACAAGGCACUUAUGUCAGAGCUGAAGAUCCUCAUCCACAUAGGAAACCAUCUCAACGUAGUUAACCUGUUAGGUGCCUGCACCAAACCUAAUGGUCCCCUAAUGGUUAUUGUUGAGUUCUGUAAAUAUGGAAAUCUCUCAAACUAUCUGCGAACCAAACGGGAAGGAUUCAGUCCUUACAGGGAGAAAUCUCCCAGAUUGCGUGUCCAGGUUCGUUCCAUUGUGGAGGCUGUUAGAGCUGACAGAAGGAGCCGUUCGGGUACCAGUGACAGCGCAAUUCUUAAUAGACUUUUUAUGAACAAGAGCCAGCCAGCACCACCACCACCUCUUCUCAUUCAAGAAGUGGAUGAUUUAUGGCAAAGUCCUUUGACAAUGGAAGACCUGAUCUGCUACAGCUUCCAGGUGGCCAGGGGUAUGGAGUUUUUAGCAUCCAGAAAGUGCAUCCACAGAGACCUAGCAGCUCGUAACAUCUUACUGUCAGAAAACAACGUGGUGAAGAUUUGUGACUUUGGACUAGCCCGGGACAUCUACAAGGAUCCUGACUAUGUCAGGAAGGGCAGUGCCCGCCUCCCACUAAAGUGGAUGGCUCCUGAAAGCAUCUUUGACAAAGUCUAUACCACGCAGAGUGAUGUCUGGUCGUUUGGAGUUCUUCUUUGGGAGAUCUUCUCUCUAGGUGCCUCCCCAUACCCAGGAGUCCAAAUCAAUGAGGAAUUUUGCCAGAGACUGAAAGAUGGUACCAGGAUGAGAGCUCCAGAAUAUGCCACUGCAGAAAUUUACCGUAUAAUGCUAAGCUGCUGGCAUGGUGAUCCCAAGGAGAGACCAACAUUCUCUGAUUUGGUGGAGAUCCUGGGAGACCUUCUUCAGGAGAACGUCCAGCAUGAGGGGAAAGAUUAUAUCCCCCUGAAUGACUCUCAGAGCUCUGAAGACGAUGGCUUCUCCCAGGUGGCUUCAUCCAUCCAGCAGAACUCUGAUGAAGAGGAAUUUGAUAUGAGAACACACUGUCACAGUAUAGCAGCAAGAUACUAUAACUGUGUGUCUUUCCCUGGCUGUUUGACUGGUGGGAAUCAGAUAAGGUGUCCAUCUAGAAUAAAGACUUUUGAAGAAUUCCCUAUGACACAAACCAUGUAUAAGGCACAUCCGGACAAUCAGACAGACAGUGGGAUGGUCUUGGCGUCUGAAGAGUUUGAGAGAAUAGAAAAUAGACACAGAAAAGAAGGUGCAUUCAGCAGUAAAGGAUCCAGUCAAAAUGCAGAAUCAACCAUGGAUCAGUCGGACCUGAGGGGUCGGGGUCGGCCAUUGUAUCAGUCCCAGCUCAGAGGUCAGACUUUUUACAACAGUGAAUAUGGAGAACUGUCAGAACACUCUGAAGAAGGCAGCUGCACUCCACCCGCUGAGGGAGCCAGUCCCUCCCUCCUUCAUGCUUCAUUCUUUUCAGACCAAUACUAAAGAGGAACAGAUUGAGGAGACACCAGGCAGAGAUGCCAUCUUUCACCAUUUCUGCAGCUUUGUCCUUGGUCUGUUGAGUCAUAUCCCAUUAUUCUAGAAGAAGACACAAUAGGGGACCCCUGAGGAACAGAUGGCAAUACUCCUUGGAUAUGAAGACGGAUGCCAAGCAUUUCAACAGGGGAUCCAGUCCUUGCAUUUGGCAUAAACACAUGCUUGGUAUUGCUAUAGUUUUAUCAUUACCUCUUUAUAUGUAUUUCUUUGGAAGAAACUACUGUGUUCUGCUACCAGGUGGGUGCCUGCUUUGGGAGCUGCAGCCACUACUCAGUAUUCAGCCUCUAUUCAACUAGUUUGCCAUAAUAAGCUUUAUUUCAGGUCAGAUAAAAAUAGAUAUGUCUUAACCGAGUUUCUUCCUGAUAGGCUGCUUUGUUUGUUUCUGCUCUCAUUUCAACUCAAGUAGUAGAAAAGGAAAAUAAAAUCAAUUGAAUGGAGUCUGGUAAACAGAGGAGUUGCACUAUUUCCACACAAGGUUAGAUCUGUCCCACUGAACAUACACAACUAUACAUAUAUUAUUCAUGCAUGGUUUUACAUGUUUCAUUUAUUUUAAAGCACCAAAAUAACCACAACAUUUUACUGCAUUAUUGCGUCCUACAAAUUUAUCCCAAAUAGUUAAUUGUGGGAGAAAGUAAAAGAAGAAUUGCUUUAUAUCCUAGCAAAUAAGAACAAAUGAUUGCCUUAAUAAAGUAAUAGAUCACCUAAUGGUUGCUUACUUAUAGAGGUGAUACUUUACAAUUUGCACAAACAAUCAGAGAAUGCCUACUAACAUAGACAGAAUGUGGUAAAAUUCAGAGGUCAUAGAGGGGACUGGACCAAGUGAAACUUAGUAGUAGGUCGCAUAUUCAAAUUCUUCAGUAUUUUUUUUUUAAACCCUCCCUACAUGUAGAAAUUGGCCCAUCAAGGUGAGGGCUCAGCAAGAACGUUUUUCCCAUUUAUGUGCAUAGAUUCAAUAAAUAUAUGAAAAAAAGAUGAAAAGUUGGUUCAUAUUGGCUCCCUGGUAUUCAAACAAACUCUCAGCCAUGGCUUGAACACCAUUUCAUCAUAAAAGACAUUGUUUCCACUUUCUUGGCAACCAGCCUUAGAGAGUCAUUAAAAUGGUGUAUCACCCAUGUUCUCACUGCAAAGUAUGGUAUCUUGUCAUAGUAGAUUUUGAUGAUUGAUCAUUAUACUCAAAGCAAAGUAAUAUACCUCUAACCCUUAUAAUUACCAAGAAAAGACCAUCUGAUGCAAUGAAAAGUCUGAUGCUACUCCACUUAAGCAGUAGAUUGUCCAUCUUCUUAUCCCCACCUAGUCUCUACAGAUGUCUGUGCUUUUUCCAAGUAUGAGUAUGCCCUGAUCCUGGUAGCAACUCCAACACAAAUAUUCCAAAGUUAAGUUACACAGAUAUACCUAAUCUGCAUUAUUUAUUCUGAUUCUGAAAUUUGGAGAUAUCUAUAGGCUUACAUGCACACUUGCUCCUCUACCUCAGUCACCAGUCUUUAGCACAGUACAUCUCUUAGCUGUAGUUGGAAAACAUUGCUUCAAUUGAUUUUUUAAAUGGACAAUAUAAGGGGAGCAACUGUAGAUCAGGUCAAUGUGAAUAUGUUUGUACUGUUGUUCCUUAUCAUGCUGUACCAGAUUUUCCCUCCCUGCUCCUGCUCUGGAGGGUCACUGUCACUGAAAAACUUCACAAGGGCAUCUGUGAAAGCUUUAUAAAGUCAAUUCUGAUCAACUUGUUUGUCAGAAGCCCACCCUCUGAAUGGUGUCUCCACAUGAAAGGAUUUCUGCUUGCAGGCCAAGCUUUCAUGUAUAGAAUUAACCGUUUGGAUUUGGCUUUUUUUCCCUUCCAGAUUAUAUAUUUUCCUUCAUAAGAGUACUGCAUGCAUUUACACAACUGUUCUUGACACUGUUCAUUUGCCACUGUCCAUGUUGAUUUGUACUUUGUAUGACUGCACUCAGGGCAGUCCCUUUUGAUGGCAUUUGUUAUCCAUACAAGUUGUACAGUUCUGUGCUUAGUCAGUUAGUGGGAGAGAAUUAAGUUCUGCUCUAUUGUGUGGAAAGGAUGAAGUUCUCUAGUUUCUAUAUGUAUGUAUAUAUCUACAUUUUUUAAAACUUACUGUUUUUGUCAAAAAUUGGAAACUCAAAGCAACAUAUAGACAACAGCAAUGAAGAAUAUAGUUCUAUAGAAGA